GGCGCAGCUGAUCCGCUCAGUGUUCAAACGGUUCCCAAGCGAUUCAGAUCGGCGGAGAUAUAGCAAAGUCCGAGUCGAGUGUGAAUCACAGAUAGUCAUUGUCGAAAAGCCAAGGGCCGCCAGAAACUAACGGCACACUCGAGACAAGAGACAGUCGAUAAGAUUAACGUCAAAUUUAAUUAAAAAAUAACUAAAACUAACGAAGAGCCAGGCACAACAAACGAUCCAUCGAUCGAUCGAUCUAUUGCAUCGUAUCGUAUCGUAACUCGAAUAUAUAAGUCUUAGCCUUAGAUAAUCAGGAACAGCCAACUCGAGUGGCACUCGUUCAAGUGAUUUGUGAUUGUGGCCAAGCCCUGGGAAAAUUGUGUAUGAUUUGAGUUACACCAUCUAGCACCAUCUCAACAGGGAUCCAAGAUCCUUUACUAAAAGAUGUACGUGGCCAACACUACUGGCGGCUUGAUGCUGCAGACCAUGCUGUAUUUGGCCAAUCACACCAGUCGUGCGGCCGUCAACACCCUGGUCGAUCUGCCACCAGCCCCCAAAAGUGACAUCAACGAGGUGAAGUGCUUCGGGGUGUACGGCUGUUUUCCGAUCAAUGGGCCAUGGAACACGGUGACACGGUCGAUAAAUGUGCAUCCGCAGAAACCAUCGGAGAUUGAGCCGCACUUCACGUUGCACUUGAGAAAGGAACUGGACCAGCCCAAGUACCUGGAUCUCAAUGAUCCCGACAGUGUGCAGGGCAUGGGCAUGGAUGCCAAGGGCAAGAUCUUCCUGCUGGUCCAUGGCUAUUUGGAAUCGGGCGAGAUUCCCUGGAUGUGGGACAUGGCGAAGGCGUUGCUGGCAUACGAACCCGAGGGUAAGGCCGCCGUGGUCCUGAUCGAUUGGGGCGGUGGUGCGAGUCCGCCGUAUGUCCAGGCGGUGGCCAAUAUCCGGCUCGUGGGCGCAAUCACCGCCCAUGUGGUGCACAUGCUGUACGAGGAGCUGCGUCUGCCAAAUCUCGAUAAUGUGCACAUCAUUGGCCACUCGCUGGGUGCCCAUCUAUCAGGCUAUGCGGGGUACCAUCUGCAGCACGACUUUGGCCUAAAGCCGGCCAGGAUUACGGGCCUCGAUCCGGCAGCUCCACUUUUCACGGACACCGAUCCCAUCGUGCGGCUGGACAAGACGGAUGCCCAUUUCGUGGACAUUUUGCACACGGAUGCCAAUCCCCUGAUGAAAGGUGGACUGGGCAUUAAUAUGCAUCUCGGCCACGUGGACUUCUUUCCCAACGGAGGAUUCGAUAAUCCUGGCUGCAACAAGAAGUUCCAGGAUGUGGUGCAGAAGAAGACGCUGUUCCUGACCAUGCAGGAGUUCCUCAGCUGCAAUCACAUCCGCAGUCAGCAGUAUUUCACGGAGAGCAUCGGUUCGCAGUGUCCCUUCCUCGGAAUAACCUGUGAUUCCUUUGAGAGCUUCAAGGACACGAGGUGCACCAGCUGCGAGGAGCCGGGCCACACUUGUCUGCGAAUGGGAUACCACAGCCAGGAGGAUUACCAGGAGCAGGUGGAUCUGGGCCAGCUGCAGCAGGGUGAUUCACCCGGCGUCUUUUACCUGUGGACCGGUGAUAGUAAGCCCUUCUGCCGGCUGCACUAUCGGAUUACGGUGCGUGUUUCCGGACAUGAUGAGAGUACGCUGCAUGGCGGCGAGGUGGGCAUCCUGUCCGUUCAGCUCCACGAUGCGCUGCAGAAGAAGGCGAGUGGCAAGAGGGAGCGAGCCACCACGGAGAUGAUGAAAUUCUCCCCGAAGGCCAUGUACUUUGAGCCGGGCUACGAAUACAAAGCACUGGUGGCCGGACGAAAUCUCCGGGAACCCGAAUACGCCACCGUUAAUUGGGAGUAUCCCACAAAUAUACUGAACCCACUCACCUGGCGCAUUCUUUCGGCGCCGCGAAUUUACCUCGAGUACAUCCUCAUCGAGGCGAUGGAGUCCAGCGAGCUCUAUCUGAAAUUGUGUCCUCAGCACGAGGGAGCCAUUCUCACGGGAGCCGAAAAUGUCCUGCGCUCCAGCUAUUGCAAGGAUUAAUAUCUAUCCAAUUAAUUAUCAACCUUAAUUGGUGACUAAUUAGCUAAUGGAUUUGUAUGUGGUUUGAGAAGCCUAUCUUAAUCACUUCAAUUAACUAAUUAAUUAUCUACUGAAUUCUUAAUUGUAUGUAAACUAUUUCAUUAAUUAAUUGGCUAAUUAUUUGCAAGUUUAAAUCAUUUAGCUAAUUAGCCAAGUAAUUAAGCAUUUAGUUAUCACUUCCUUGGCUGAACUGCUUUAUGUAGAAAAUCAAGUCAAGCAGUGCAGGUUCGCAUCCCCGCUUAGCUGUCUACACCACGUAAACGCUGGUGCGUGUCUGCACUAUGACAACAGUUGAGAUCGAAAAGUGUUCCCACUUUGAUCUUUAUAGCAACUGGCUAAGGAAGAACAGUUUGUAUUUUAUUAUAGUAUUUUAAUAGUUCGCAAGCGAAGCAAUCAUCAAUCGUUAUUUAUUUUAUAAAAUAAUUUUUUUUUUUUGAGUAUAUUAAAUGUAUUUGUAGUUAUAGUACAUUGAUGUAGCCUAAUUUAAUUUAAAUAAAAAUACAAAAAUAUAAGAAA